AUGACCUUUUUAAAAGACACUAUAAUGCCCAGAAAAACGAUUUGUAAUAUUCAAAAAGAAAUAAAUGAAGAAGGGCCAUCAUCACCACCUGAAAUUAGUUUGUUCAAAAAUAUAGUAUCUGAAGGAGAACAGAUUGAUCAAGAUCAAGAUUGUCUCGAAGAAUCAGUUGUGCAUCCUGAUCUGUCUUCCGUAUAUUCAAAUUUACAAACAUCAAUGAAGAGAAAAAAAAUAAAAAAUAAUCCGAUAGCAGAUUUAAUUGAAAUUGAAAAACAAAAACUUGAACGGUUCGAUAAUAUCAAAGAGAAUACAAAAAAUAGUGACAAUUACAAGGAUGAUGAAGAUUUUCAUUUUUUAAUGAGUUUGUUACCACAUCUCAGAGAUUUACCAAAACAGAGAAAAUUAUCUGUUAGACUUAAAUUGCAACAAGUACUUAUGGAAGAAGAGGAACACCGUGAUAUUUAUAAAACUCUACAAGAUCAUCGACAUGCACUUAAAAUUCUUUCAAUCCUUAUGUUCAAAGUCUGCGGUCACACCAACAAACAUCAAUGA